UAUUUUCGUUGUAAUCCCCUCCAAGAAAACACGAGAUGUCAGAAACAAUGUUAAAACAAUAAAAUACUACAUUAAAUUGUAUUUAUUUUAUUUUGCAAGUGGAUCAUACUCCCAUCAUUGUCUCUGCGCUCAACUUCUCCCAGCCGCCGCUCUGGGUUCGAUUACUUUCGCCUGCUCGUCUUGUUUUCGUGAAAUGAACGGACGUGAGAGCAGCUAGCUGCCCACUGCACGGCUCUGUCACUACAAGGAGAGGAGAACCUCCUGUCCAGCACCGCAGCAACAUGGACGCCUGUGCACGGAUCAGAGGGGUCCCGUUACAGAGCCGUCCCACCAUGAAGAAAGAGACCAUCCGUGAGGGCUCAAACCCGGGCCUGAAGAGCCUGUUGAAACACAAGAAGGAGCUCUGCAAUGUGGUAGUGGAGCUGCAUAAUAAAGAACCACAGUCUCUAUCAGAAGUACAUUAUGUAUGCUUACCUAGUCAUGCUGAGGGGGAAGAUUUUACUCUACAGGCUCUGACGUCCCUCUCCACUGAGAUGAUGGAGUUGCUUAGAUCACUACAUGUAUACACCCUUAAAGAUGAAGAGAUUCUGCUCCUCAAAGACCCCAAAAGGCCCUUUGAGAGAAAAGACAGUGUUUCUCAGGCCUGUUCAAGAGCUUUGUGCAUACUGAGACAUAGCCCCACUCCUCAGAUUAGUGUUUGCAGCAUGCUGGGAUUGUUGGCUCGAUAUGCAGCUGGGAUAAGGUAUGCACUGGAGUUACAGGUUCUGCAGAGGGGAGCUUCAGAAGCAUGCCAAGCUGAGGAUGAUGACACCAAUCAGUCUGUCUCUUCUAUCGAAGAGGACUUUGUUACUGCUUUUGAGCAUCUUGAAGAAGAGGAUACAGGUGGCCAUAGUCAGAGGAACCAAAGGGAUGUGGCGUCCCAGACUGUCCCCUCUCAUUUAAGAGACUUAUCUGGAUCUCGCAUUAUUAUAAGUUCCAUACCGAGGAAGUCCGUGCGCAAGGAAAAGGCUGCUGCAAAAGUGUCAGAAACUGUCCUGAAGUCAACAACGUGGCCCGCAUGUUCAGAUAGCUCGUAUGCACUUAGUAGUCUUCCAAAGGGACGCGCUACUUCCACAGCCCUCACAGAGUCAGAUGAGUCAGACUGCUCAAGUCCCAGCCCUAUUAUAUUCCUGGAUGAAGUUGGAUAUCAGAAGAGUCUUAAAGCAAAACUUGACAUUCCCAAGAUCCCCAUUUUAAAGGAUGGAGUAGAAGAUUCUGACUCAGAAGUCAGUGAAUUUUUCGACAGCUUUGAUCAGUUUGAUGAACUAGACCAGUCUUUUGAUUCCAACAUCAAGGUCCUUAAAGAACAGCCCCUCCCUGGUCAAACAGAGAAGCUUGUUGACAACUCUGGUUGUAAAUUUGUAUCGAGGGGGUGCUCGACCACAGCAAUGAACCCUCACAAGUUUGAUCAUAGGACUCUUCCAGCCAAUGUCAAGAAACCAACUCCACUUAAACCUGGAUCACCAUACAGUAUUCACUCUGAUUCAAAAGAUUCCCCACGGCCUGCGAGGACUCCCUGCGAGGAAAGUGGGCCGCUCUUCAGUCCAGUUCGUUCAUCUGCAUUUAGCCCACUGGGAGAAGGAGGCUCCUUAGAGUAUUUUUUGAAGGCAGAUGGAGAUGGCUCAGAAUUGCGUAAACCACAGGACCUUUGCUCGCUGUACAAAACGUACUCCGAUUUUGCCAACAACCUGUCAAAAGAAAUCCUUGGAUCGGUCUGUGGGUACUCCUCCCCUGUUGAUUUUAACAUUAAUAAGAACUUGAGCUGUGUGUGUCAUAAGGAGUUCAAAAACACUAAUGGGCAUCUAAUGAAGCUUUCAGACAUCCAGGAGACCGUCACCAUCACCAAAUCCCAAUCACAGUCUCUUAAGGAUGGGAUUCAGAAGUUUGCUACAGACUUGGUUGAAAUGAGCCUUGGAAGUGCCUUAAAGGACUUGCAGAAAGGUGUGUCCUCCUGUACCACUACACUUUGCCAUUUGACUGCAAGACUGACUUCUUCAGUAUUUCAAAUGGCCUUUCAUGAGAUAGGUAUGCGCCAUGCAUAUGUGUUAAAAGAGCAUGCCGUAAACGGUCUAGCCAAUUUCCUAGUAGGAGAAGCCAUUUCUGGAGCUCUCAAAGAGUUCCUCUUUGUGAAAAAACAGAUUUUCAACAACACCGUCACACGAUUUGCUGCAGAUCUCGCUGAGGAGUUAGUGUUUGAAGGUAUUAUGGAGGUUUGCCAGUUUUCACAUCCCACAACUCCACUCACACCAAGUGACUGGUCGUUUGAGCAAGAGGGGGAAGUGGUUUCAUCCUAUGCCUCUGACCUGUCGGAGUCUGUUCUCCAAGAGGCUUUUAUAGAGCUCUCACAAGCUGAUGUGACUUUCACUACACAGGCAGCUAUCAGUGUAUCAGUGGACAACAUUUGCUAUGUGAGUGCUGAAGAUAGUUCUCUCGUCACAAAAACCUGCAGUGCACAAACAAGCCAUCUUGGAUCUCAGGCCGUCGCAGAGGCUACAAAUCAAGAGCAGGAUGGUUGCACAGUGAAGAAAGCCUUGUAUUGUGUGUCCGGUAUGGCCAGUUGUGUUCCAGUUCCUGUGGCUGGCAUGGUCAUAUCCCAUGUGCACAACUCAGAUGAACCUUCUCAGUAUAAAUCUAGUAUUGGUCACGUAUGUCAGACCAGUCCUAAAAGAACCAUUUGUUGCCAAGUGGAAGUGGGAUCCUCAACCUCAGAUACAUCUGAAGCAACUGAGUCAUCACCAGGUCCUGCAAGAAUCCAGGAUGCCAGUGGUGAGGAAGAUCUUGGCAAGCCAUCUGUUGAAAAUGAUUCCUCCAAACCCUCGAUUGGAAAGACGUUUCAAAACUUCUCCGGGAAUAUGGUGGACACUAUAGUAGGGGAGGCAUUCGAUCUGAUGCAUUCUUCGACAAAAGUGAAGAAGAAAGUGGAGGAUUGUGCAGACUUUUUGAGCAAAACCAUAGCAGCUCGCAUAUCCACUCCAAGCCAUGGAAUUGUUAAAUCACACGAUGCGUCGACUCCCUCUCAGAUUCCCUUUCACUUGGUGUCAAAAAGCUCUUGUGACCCAUCCUCCAGAAGUGUACAUCCAGUCUCCAAGCUCACCCCAGAGGUUCGUUCUGUCGUGAGAAUGGACACAUUGGAAGUGCCCACUUUUGAAGUUGCCUCAUGUGGAGGUAGAAAAGUCGGUGCAGAUGAUUUUUCAAGCAGCAACUCUGGAACAAAAUCGACUGAAAUCCCUAGCACUCCACCCUCAAGUCCUCAGCAGCCAUCGGAUGAGUACAGCGAGAAACAGAUCAGACUGUUCUCGAAGAAGCUCAAAGGUACGCUCGCAAAAGAAUUUUCUCCUGCAACUCCUCCACCCACCCCUUAUUACUCGCCUGCCACCGACACCAAAGAAGAAGGUUCGGUUUCAGACAAGGCCGAUUUCAUGCUGAAACUCAUUAGGUCUCUCUCUGAAGAAGCUGGCAGCAAUGAAGAUGAGGAGGAAGACCAGGAAGAUGGUCCUCACUCUAGAAACUGCCAGGCAGAGCUGAGUCCCAACAUCAGGAGCAGAGUGAUCGAGAGGAGUGCGCUCCAUUUUGCAGAGCGUUUGGCAUGCCACAUUGUUUCAAUGGCCACUGAGAUGGACACGCUAAGCCUCGGAGAUGUGAAGAAGCUGGUGGGUGAUGAAUGCAAAGGCAGUGUCGCCUUGCAUAGUGCACAGUUCUCAGAGCAGACCUUAAAUUCUUUGUGGACAUAUGCUGGAGAAGUGGCUGGAGAAGUCAUCAAUGAUGUCAAGAAGAUGAUGAGUUCAAGCCACUGUCGUCAUAAAAUGCUAAAAAGAAGAUCUGUAAACUCUGCAGACAAACGUCAGAGCGGAGAUGGCCUUUUGGGAAGUUUGACUUGUCAGUGGCCUGGUGAUGUCCAAGUGAGUGGCAGUUCAAGUGGGAUGUCGUCAGAGUAUCCAAGUUGCGAGAGUGUCACUGAUGAAUAUGCGGGAUACCUCAUUAAGGUGCUCAAGAAAGAGGGAGGAAACCGAGAGCUUAUAUUAGAUCAGUACGCCACUCGCUUGGCGUAUCAAUCUAUUAAAUCUGGCCUGGCUCAUGCGGCACGAAAAAUAAAGCAGAGAUCUCCUUUGAGACUUCAUUCCUCUAGGCGUUUGCCCAAUGAUCGUAGUCCAGAUGUUUCCCAGUUUCCCACAUCCAAGUCAUCCCACGCUGCACUUGUUGAUGGAAAAGAUGAAUCGUCUUGUGAAUCCCUGCCAUGUGCUUGUCAAGACGGUCAAAACAUGAGCAGUAAUGAGUAUGUAGAACUUGUGAACUUUGCCGAGUCCCUGGCCUACAACAUCACAUGUGAUGUUACGAGAAAGCUGAGAAUGAGCUCUGUUAGAUUGCCAAAAUCACUCACCGAUUCUUGCCUCUACAGGAAAUCCACUGUCGAGGACAUGCCAGAAAAUCUCAUAAAAAAUUCGUUUUCAUGCUCUCUUCUACCUUAUACAGAAACUAACAGGCUCUACCAUAGUACCACCAGCUUGAAUGACGGCAAAAGCAACAAUGGUGUAAUACAAGUCAUUGAACAUUAUGCCAGGAAAAUAGUCGAUGACACUUUGGAAAUGACGCUGGGACCGGCAUGUGUUCAGGCAGCGGGGGACAGGAGGGCACUUGAACGCAAUUCCUUCACAGAAAAGCUGGCUGAGGCAUAUGAAGCUUGUCGAUACUGCCAAGGUCGAGACUGCCUGUUUUGCGGUAGAGACGGCCAUCGUGGUUUCCAGGGAGUGAAAAUAAGACCGCAACAAGAAUCAGAUGCAGUGACUGGACUGGAAAUUCCUAGAAUACACAUUGAUUUGGAAAAGAGAGCUGCUUUUGCUGAAGAAAUGGUGUCCAGUGCCAUUGAGAAAGCCAAAAAGGAACUGAGCUGCACCAGUCUGAAUGCAGACAGUGGGAUUGGUCAUGAUGGCGCAAGCUUUGCAGAAAGUUUCACCACAGAGAUUAUGACAUCUGCAUUGUCCAACGUCUGCCAAACCGUCAAUCUUGGUACCUCCAGAAGAGAAGGCGUCAAUGUGACGGAGUCAACGGUGAGUCAGCAGCUCAGUUUGAGUGUUGGUGAUGAUAGUCUCGGUAGUUGGUCCAAUCUGAGUUUUGAAGAAGACCACCCAGAUGAGAGCAGCAGCUUUCACCAUCUUAGUGACAGCACUAAUGGAAACAGCAGUAGCUGGAGCAGUCUGGGUUUAGAAGGCGAGGUUUAUGAAGAGCAUUUGUCCUUCUCUCCAUCAGACAGUGACGGCACUGAAGAGAAGGAAGCUGAGGCCAAAGAGGAUUCAGGCGGAGCGGUGCGAGUGGAGAGGGAACAUGGGCCGGCAGAACGAGCUCUGCUGGUGGUCAGUACAGACGUCCAGGGUCGAGCUGUGGACCCCCAGUUGACGGCUGUGCUCCAGUGGAUCGCUGCCUCUAUCGCUGAUCUGUCUUUAAUGCAGCUGAGCCAGUUCUCAGCCCAGGAGCUGCAGCAGCUGCCGGCCGUAGCUCAGAGGCUGAGGGAGAGAGAGUUCAGGGUCGGUGACCUCCUGCAGGCUCUUCUGAGAUACUUUGAAGAACGUCGCUCUGAGGAAGAGGUCGGGGACACUAGGAACGGCCACAAGAGCCUCUUCCAGUGGCUUCUGGAGCAAGCGUAAAUCACCAUCACACUGACACCUGUCAGCCAUUAAACCAUGAAGUUUCCUGUCACUUUACAGUGAUCUGCAAUGUAUCUGCCAAACCUAGAGGCAUAGCCAGUGGAAUGUGUUUGUGUUGUGUAUUGCUUGUGCACCCGUGGCCACCCAGGGGGCGCCAUAGAAACAACUGAAGUAAUCUAAGAGCCGUUCGUUCAAGUGUGUGUAUUGCAUGCCGUGACCGAGAGUACCUUUUGCUUGCUUUCACCUCUCUUUUUAUCGUCACUUUGUUUUCUUUAAGAUUAGACUGCAUAUCAUGCUUUUGGCACGCCAUCACUGAUGCCUACCCGCGUUUUGCUUUCACACCCUGCCACAACACAAAAGACGGAUGGGUUUUAUGAGUUGGUUUCUUGUUAGGGAUUCCCCACGGCUGCAGGAAAGCUUAUGUCAUCUCCAUACCUCUCCUUUGCGGUGAUGUUUGCACUCGUCGAAAGGACCAGCCAUGCGAUCCAGCAGCGCUCCAGGUCAAUGGAAGGUAUUCCAUGAUUCAGAACACAUAAGAGAAUCACUUGGUAAUUAUAACAAACAACCCUGUUUCAGCACAUUUUUGGCAAAAAUACUUGGAUACCAGGCGUGACGGUUUAAAAAUAUAAUUUCACUGGUAAUUAGUUACUGUUGAAAGAAUCCAUCAACAAGUAGUAACUUUUACAUUCCCCUCUUGUGACUUAUACAGUUUUUUUUCAGUGUGAUUAGCUAUUCAUAACAGUUGAAAAUCAAUCGGUAUACCUGUAAUAUGCUUUUCUAGAGUGUAAAAUUGAAUUGAGUUGUUUACAACAUAUGCUGCAAUCAGACUCCACAUGAUCCAACGCCCAUAAAGAAUAAAAGGUGUUUUAGUUCACUACAAAGUGAAGGGUCUUUGUUUGCCAGUUUACAGGAAAAACACAAACAUACUAUUAAACUUAGCUUAAAAAGCUGCUAAGCAUGCAAACCCCUUUGCCAAACGAGGAAACCCACAGUAAGCUAUUGAACGUUACCUACAAGGGACUUUUUUUCUAAUUUCCUCCUGGUGUUGUCCACUCAUUGGAAGUUACUCUGACACACUGGUAGUGCAUUGCUAAAUGAGGACACAUCUGCAGUGAGUAAAUCUGAACUAGUCACCGUCUCUACAGUCUCUUCCACUUAAACCUCUUAUUCACCGCCUGAUCUUUAGUGUGCACUACACUGAAUAUUGCACUUUACUGAGGAAUGAUCAGAAAGGCCUACUCCUAUUAUAGUUAAGCAUGAACUAAAGAUUGCCAACACCUAGUAGUUGUUUGGCAUGUCUAAUUUAUCAAGCCCUAAGGGACCAGUGUCCUGUAUUUGAAAGUAUUUUCACACUGCAUUUUUUUUUUGCUCACUCUCAUGACGGUCUGAAUCUGUAUGUUGCUUUUUAUUUUGUAACACUCCUGUCAGGCUCUAAAAAGACAAAAAAAAAAAAAAGUUAAAAAAGUUAAAGUGGUCUAUACAACUUAUGUGCAGUAUUUGCAAUAUUAAAGCUUUCUUGCAGUAGUUUUUUGUAUCGAAAUUUAAAAAAACCUAGCCAUCCCAGAUUUAAAAAAUUGUUCAUAAUGUUUACACACACACACACACACACAUCAUUUUUGAAUUAAUGAAAUGUGCUUUGGCUGAGUGGAUGGUAAAGAAAAACUAAAUAUAUUAUAUGGCUUCAGAAAUCUUAUAUAUGGAAGCCGGUUUCCUCCACUGAAUAACAAAUAAAAGAGGUAAUUGAGAGUUUUUA